CUAUAUGCUUCAUUUAUUCCAGUCCUGACAUGAUUAUGUUAUCUGUUUUGACAGUUGUCCCUACUAAUUCUCUAUAGCAACAAAGCCACCCUUCCUCUGUUGCGAUGACACAUUGACCUAAACAAGGAUUACCACAUCCCCUCUCAUCGCGUUCUGAUUUUGGACAUCACUUUUUGUCAGUUGAAAAUUACUUUCGGAAGUUAUGCGCCGCCAGUGCCGCCGCUGUCCUUAUCCUUAUUUGAGCUCCGGGCAAAGACAAACAGAUAGCCUAACCAUGUCGGAUCACGAGUUCUAAUGGAGACGUUAAUACGUCCUGGAGACAUCAAAACGUCUCUCAUUCUUUGGUCGUGUUCGUCUUUUCUAAGGAUAUCUAACUGCGUUCGGAGGUAUCCCCCGUCGAAAAGGAAUUUGAUCAUCGUGGGUGCAUGUUGUGUGUACCUGUUUUUCGUGGUUUCCCAGGUUGGACAUUCGUUGCUGCACCAGGAUAGACGAUUGGGCAGACACGGGUACAAGAAGAGUUUGGUACUAUACACUCUGAGGUUCGAUGAUGAUAGCCGGUCCGAAACAGCCGACUCACCAACCGGUGCUAACGACGACUCUUUAUUACCCUCAGUGGUUCCAACGCGGUCCAAUGUGGUGUACAUAACACUAAAGUCAAGGCGCAUUAAACCAUCUAUUAUGAGGGGAACAGUGAGACCGAAACUAAGGAGAAAAGCGAGGAGAACCAAACCCAAUGAGGGAUUUACGCAAAAUAAAAUUGGCACAUUGAAGAGGGAGGAAUGGAGACAAAAGCGCACUAACCGAAUCGACAUAACUUGGAAACAAAUGAACACCAUAAAUCAUGCAACACGAGAUGUAAGCUCGAAUUUAAAGAUGCAAACAGAACCUCACGUCAGUUCUAUCCGAAUAUACAGUGAGAGGGCACCGCCGUGGUUCAGCAAAGAGGACAUUAGUGCCAUGCGCUUUCUUGCUGAUGGUAAAGUUUCGCGUAUUCAUGAAGUGUCCAAUAAGGAAUUUAUCCCCCUCUUGCUGUUUGAAAGCACAUCAUAUUUGUCAUUGAUCCAUUCUGACAAACAGAACGAUUUCAAGGACCAUAAAGUGUGUAUAGGACAAUGUGGAGUUAUCAAAAGUCCAGUGGACACGAGCGAGGUUUUCGCUUUCCAUUUGGAUAGGGUCUUGGGACUGAACCGGAGCGUUGCCGCUGUCAGCAGGAAGUUUCCGUUUGUACAAGAUGGCCAGCCUUGCCCCGUGGUGCUGUGGGAUGGUUUUCUCUCUCCAGGGGACAAUGCACAGGGCCAGUCCACUGUGAGGAUGACAUGGGGGGAGUACCAGAGCUCCCUCAAACAGAGGUGCUGGAACAGGAACGUCACACCCAAGCCUAACUCUGGCUGCUCCAGCAUUCACCAUUAUGAGUGGAGCAAACUAGCCCUGUUUGAUUUCCUGUUGCAGAUAUACAGCCGAUUGGACCGGAACUGCUGUGGGUUCAGGCCUCGUCAGGAGGACGUGUGUGUGGAGCAGGGCCACCACCUGGAAUGUGGGGACAUGGACAGUUUGACGCUGGCCAACAUCAUCCACAGGGGUCACGACCCCAGGCACUUGGUCUUCACUGAAAACAAGGGCUUUUUCGACCGCGACGAGGACAACUUGGACUACAGACUACUGGAGGGAAUCAAGGAGCUUCCAGAACAGGCAGUGGCCGUGUUGAUGAGCCAGAAGCUGAGGGAGAAGCUCCUCCAGUCACUGUUCCUGGAUCAGCUGUACUGGGAGAGCCAGGGAGGACGGCAGGGCAUCGAGAAGCUCAUCGACGUCAUUGAGAGACGGGCCCAGGUUCUCCUAACAUACAUCAAUUCCCACGGCAUCAAAGUGGUGCCCAUGAAUGUAUGACAUCACAGGGUUUGGAAAAGGAGAGAAGAUGGAGAGUAGAUAUAGACAGGGAAUUUGAUCUUCCAAAGACCAAGCCAUUUGUCAUUUUUUAAGUUCCCUUUCUGAUAGCCAAAAAAACAACUUCCAUUCCUCGAAUCGAAAUAUUUGCCAGUGAAAGAACUACCAGGGUCUCGAGGGUUUUCACUCCAACAGGACGUACUGUAUUGGCUGAUUUGGUAUCAAGCCAGAAUCUCACAGCUCUGAAUUGUCAAGCUGAAACAUUACUCUUAGUAUUCAUUAUACAAAAUGGCUACAGUUCUGUAUUCAAUAGCCCAACAGUCUUACUGUAGUCUUUUGCUUUGUUAUUAUAAUAUUUAAUGUUACUCAUCUACAGUAUAACUGUAAUACAGUAAACAAUUAUUUGUAGCAUUUCUUUGGGCCUUAUUCAUGUACCAUAGUGCUCCUCUGACUUCACCUUACAGUAGCCUACAACUCUUUGAUGGUUUAACAUCUGUCUAACUUGCCACAAGUAAAAUUAGUUAGAAAAUGUUUUGAUAUUAUACAAGGUGUUUCAUUUGUACCGCUUAAGAUGUUAGUCCUCCAACAUUACCAAUUGUAUUGUUUAUAUUUAUUUUAAUAAUAUUUCAAAUGUUGAUUAAAAAAAAUACAUGUAAAUGAAAAUAAAUGUACUUUU